CUUUUUCACUUCGCUGGCUGCUUCUCGUGCCUCGCGUUGGACGUGCCUUCCCAGCCCGUCAACUUUCUUACAACAUGGGCCGUUCUAAAACCGUUCCCGACCGGUGGCUAGACUACAGCGACGUUGGAGGUGUCGUGCCAGGAACGCGGUUCAUCGCUUUCAAGGUGCCGCUUCGUGAAUCGAUAUGCUCGCGCGUGCCGGCGAGCAAGCGCUUCACGCCGCACGAACUUCUGCAGCGAAUACAGGACCUAGGCCUCGUGAUUGAUUUGACGUGCACAAACCGCUACUACGACCCCGACUCCCUCGUCACUCGUGGCAUCCUACACGCCAAGAUCAUGUGUGUUGGCCAGCAAAUACCCAGCGAUGGUGUGGUGAGCGAGUUUUUCCGUGCCGUCGACGCCUUCCUCGCGAACCCUGCCAACGACGGUAAAUUGAUAGGUGUGCACUGUACGCACGGCGUUAACAGGACGGGCUACCUAGUCUGUAAGUACAUGAUCCAGAAGCUUAGUAUAGCGCCCGCGACAGCCAUAGAGCAGUUUCAGAAUGCCCGCGGCCACAAGUUUGACAGGGAUGAAUACGUCAGCGACCUACAGCGUGUCGGAGGGCAAGUACCUACACUCGACCUUCGAAGUGAUGACAUGCGAUCACACGCCCGGAAGCCUCCUCAAGCCGCCGGCACGGAAGAACACGCCCGCGAACCUCUGCGGGUACGAGACAUGCAAGACCAGUACGUCCGCAACUUACUAAGUAGUGACAGACGACAGUACGUCGGCAACAUACAAUGCAUCAGAGACGCCGGCACUAAGCCUCCUGAAUUUGCUGCACCUGUUCCAUCCGAUGGUGACGUCUACCGUGACUUCAACAACCGUCCAGCGAGCGGCACACUUCCUUACGGGCACAGUGCAUGGAACACCGCACGAAGUGAUGAUUAUGCCCGUGCGCAUGGUCACACGAGUGACAUGCCGCGUGCGUUGCCGCCCCAGGGCAAUGUGCCUGAUAUGCGAUCGCAUACGCAGAGUUACCAGAAUGGCGUGCCGCCUCGGCCCAGUGCGUUUGUCCCGGUGCGUCCACAACACAGUUACAGUCACCCAAGUGCCUUGCCACCCCAGGCCAACAUGUACAAUGUGCAGUCACAGGGGCAAAGCUACGGUCAACCCAGCAGCAUGGCUCAUUCGUUGCAUCCUCAACACAGUUUGUACGAUGCAUGGCCCCAAGAGCAGAGCUACAGUAAUCUUGGUGGCAUGGCACCUCAGCACGGUAGUUUCAAUGCACCGCCACAAGGUUACGGUCAAGCCAGUGGCAUGCCACUGCAGCAGAAUGUGCCCCAUGCACCAUCACUAGGACCAGUACGAACUCCAUCUGUAGUGAAAAGCUCGAAUGUUGUAAAUGCUGACAUGUAUCGUGGGCAUGGUGCAUACGAGCCAUAUGGUGAUGACGAUGGAGAGUAUUGGCGACGUUAGGAGUGCCACAGAGACUAUGUGCUUUGCCAGAAAGUGUUCUUAGUCAUACAGACUUUGUCACUUUGCUUUUGUUGCCAGCUUGCAAAGAAAUGUUUUAUGUUUUUUUUAAUAGUGCAUGAAGCACACAAAUAAAAAGCUGUGUAGUAAUAUUAUGUAAUGGAGAAAGAACUAUUUUUGCCUUAAGAUUAGUUCAUAACAUACCAAGUGAAAGUGUGUGUUGGUAGUGCCAGCAAGGGUGGCAAUAUAAAGUGUUUACUAAGACCCUGUAAUAAUGACUUUCUCCCCACUUAAAUUAACACUUCAAGUACUAGAGUUAUCUUGUGAUAUAUGAUAGGUUUAGCUUAAAUGUAAUUAAAUGGAAGAAAGCAAAAUUUCCAGCUCAGAGAAAACUAAUGAUAUAUUUAUUGUUCACUGUCGUGCUGCGCAACAUAGGACAUUUAUGGUUUGUGCUUAGUUUGCUGUGCGAGAUGCGUGUAGUGAUGGUUUAGGUUGCAUUUUCUCUCACUACACAGAGCAGUGCAACACGACAGGGACCAAGAGAGAAGACACAAACACAGCAUCUUCUCUCUCAGUCCCUGUUGUGUUGCGCUGCUCCAUGUAAUGAAUCCCAACCAACUAGCCCGGCAACGUGUCCUUGCCUUUUCUUUCUUUUUUUUCGCUAGGCUGCUGCUUAUCUGCCAUUGCUGCAGGCGCCUUCUUCCCAUGCAUUCAGGUUGCUGAUGUAGCUAUCCACGAUACGCUGCACUCAGUAGCUUCUUAGCUGCCAAAAUGCUGGCUUCGUCCUCUGGACACACUUGAAAAAGCUUCAAUCUAGCCGUGCAAGCCUUUACUGUAGCUUCUUUUCCUAUUUUUGGUGUGUGAAAGCUUUGUAAAAACAACGUCAUCUCUUGUUUCCCUACCCAGCAUAAAGCAUUCUUGAGUUGUAAUCUUGGGUGAAUAAUUAAUCAUAAAUAUUCAUUUAAGUGUAUUUCGGAAAUAAAUGAUUUGUCACUGCUGCAGUACACCGUUUAGCAUGAGGAUGCAGUUAAGUUCUCAACCACAAUGGCCACGUUUCGAUGGCUCUGAAAUGUGAAAACACCAGUGUAAUUGGAUUCAUAGGUAUACCUAAAAAAACGAGUGUUCCCAAAAUAACCACCAGUCCCCUGCCGUGGCGUGCUUCAUAAGCGUAACAUGGUUUUGGCAUGUAUGACCUUUAAUCUUUAGGGCACUACUGACGUCACAUUCUAGGUCAUUGAGUGAUAUACAUUUGGAUCUUCAGUGCUCUUUUCUAAGCCUUGUUUCAAUAUUGAAUUGAACGUUUUCAGCUAAUCCUGUAAAACUUUGAUAAUGGUGGCAUCAUUGGAAGCCUUUGCAAUCUCUCAACAUUUAGCAGUUUUGCAGUAAUUUCGAUAGUAAAUAUUAUCUGUCACUCAUCGCCGGUAAUAGUGGCAGCUCUUUCUGUAUUCUUUAAAAUGUAUGCCUUGCCCUGUAUAACAAAAUUUUGAAUUGCUAAGACCCUUAGUUCUAGUAAAAGAGUGGUACAUAAACAUUUUCUUUGUUAGUAUACAAUACUUAAAAAUGCUCAUUGUCUGUGACCUUUUUAUUGACAAAAAAUUUAUAAACUGCCAGUUUAGCAGAUCAGCAGUGUAACUUUCUUACAAGAUACUUAAAGGGGUGAGACUAGUUAUGGUUCAUAACAGCAUAGUUGGUGAGUUAAAAUUCAGAAUGCUAUAUCUACAAAUGUACUUCCACUCACUACUCUAUAUGCAACCUGCUUAGAGAGAUUUUGGUGAGGUGUGCUUCUGGGCUCUAGCCAAAAGAAAAAAAAAAGUAUGCAAAGGUGGAAAUCUCGUUCUCCUUGUUUUAGGAUGAAGAAGGGUAACCAAUGUUACAUUAUAUUACCCCUUAUACAAAAUAUUUUGUCGUGCACACAAUGAGCGAGAUGAUGGCGUGAGCACACUUAGUGCUCACGCCAUCAUCUCGCUCAUUGAAUUGUCUGCACUGUUUCUACUAUGGAACAGUAGUUCCAUAGUAUAUUAGUAUAGGUAAAUGUUGUUGCAACGACUAAAGAAUAUGGCAUACAGGGCGGCUGUCAGUAUUACAGUAUGGGUAACUCGACACCUCUGAUGUAGCAAUGGUGCAUUCAGAAGUGCAUUUCCACUUCCUUUUUGAGGCCGCUGGAAAAAGACAGUUUCGUUGAAAGCACACAUUGGAAGCAAUGGGAGAUCAUUAGUGCUUGCAUACCUUGCUGUUCAGCGAAGGCAGCCACUUGCUUUGGCAAAUGAAAUGAAUAGCGAUGGCAUGCCUUCAUUUAGUCCAAGUCGGGUGAAUGCUAAGCCCGCCAGGUAGGCUCGCUGUUACAGAUAUGGAACGGAAGACAUUACACAGCACAGGAAGCACACAUGGCACAUGCCCCCCUGGCUCUCGAAGUUGUUCUAUAUCGGGAAUACUCGGCAUAGAAAAAAAACCUGUAGCACUCGCUUGCCCCCCUUCCCACCCCUUUUUCAACUUAAAUGCGUGCUCCUCUCUGCGUCCACUUAACCCCUCAUGAAAAAAAUAAUUUCUGCUAAACCAUUGCUCCUGACUAAGAUGUACGAAUAGUGUUGAGUUUCCCAAUAGUGAAAGUGGCAGAAAAUCUUAACGAGCGCACCACCCUCUUGCACGGCACUUUCAGCUAUAGUAUCAUUGCAAAGAAAUUGCUAGCAAGUUGGUUCAUUAUAUUGUUGAGAUUUAUAUUGCUUCGUGUGAUGGCUACAUGGUUUUGGCAUGUACAGUGCUCAUGGAAUGAGACGGAUGGAUGGAUGAAUAAACUUUAUUUCGGUCCCUCGGAACGCGCCCUAGCACGUUGCGGGCCGCUCCCACGUCGGAACAGAAAGACCAAGUCUCUCUGCUGCGUCGCGGGCCCGUUGGACUGCCCAUAGUUGUGCUUGGAGUCCGGAGCUUGUAAUAGCUUCUUGAUGCUAGAUCGAAACUUUAAGUACGACAACUUGUAUGCGCAACUGCUCAAGAUGAACACAUCUUGUCGCUAUGAAUCUGGCCACUAAAGGCGAUGUUGGUCCUCGUGUAAGUGUAUGAGUGAAUGUUGUGUCAAUAUGACACAAAAUGAAGACCAUGAAAAGAAAAGUAUGUGCAUAACUUAGCCUUAAAUAGAUGUGUUUCUCUACGUCAGCACUGUGCACUUAGGUUUGGGCCCUAUAAAAUCCAUGGCAGAUGAAUACAUAGAACUGCAAAGUGGCAUUCUUGUUGUUGCUCACUAGAGCUGUGACACUUAAUGCUUUCCCGCUAGUACAAUCAAGUCCUGUGAUACUAUGAAGCCAAAACACUCCGCCACUUCAAAUGCUAAUGGGCAGCUGAAAGUUCAUUGUAUGAGUUGGCCAGCAUAUCAGAGAUAAAUUACCAAGCUAUUCUCCUACCAGAAUCUGCUGAAGCAAUCGCUGACGAUAUGCAAGCUGGGUUGACUUCUCGCAGGUUUUCAUAAACUGCUGUGCACCCUGAAUAUGCUUUGAAUCAAAUAGCAGCAUUCUGAUGGAAAGCGGCUAGAUUGUUGGUUUCCUGUGAAGUUCCUGUAAAUAGUGCCAAAUAGCGAGAGCUUUACUUUCUAUAGUAGGAAAUUUGCCUCUGGCAACAAUCUGCUUUCAAAUUGUGGUGUUGAGCUACUGCCGUGCAAAUUACCGCAGCUCUGAAGUGGUUGCAAUUAACACAAAACUACUUCAGUGUGGGUAAUACAUGCCAUUGCAAUUUGGAACAUAAAACAUUCAUGAGAAAUUGUCUUACAUAUGUGGAAAUUGGUGGUGAUUUUCAAUGCUUUUGAUCAUGAGAACAGAAAAGAUCAUGUGAAUUUGAUAUGCAGCCUGAUAUUUACAUGGCCAUGCUAGAGGCAGGUAAUGUGAACCUCAAUCAUGGCUUACUGCAGUUAUGUUGAUUUAUGUAAACCUAAUGGCAUUGAUUUUAUCAGCUGUGAUAACAGUGUGUUUAAGUGAAAUUAAGCCCAUUUUAUAGAUGUUAUUAAAACUAAGGUAAAAUGCUGUGGGCUAAUUAAGGUACCAUUUACCCAUAGUUAGCCGCAGCACGUAUGACAACUAUUGUAUUCCUGUGUCUGGUAACGUUGCGAGUUUUGCGACUGUAAAAAAAAACGGAGAAUUUGUUAGUUUGUUUAGUUAAAGGAAUAUCUACAGAGUUCGAGACAUGUUUGUUACUUCAUGUUUGUUAAAUGUAUUACAUAAAUCGUGAUGAUAUUUCGAUUGUGCAAAGAAUUAGUUUUUUACAUACUGUAUGCAACAUGCUAUUUUGUAGGGUAUUUAUAUGAAGCAUAUCUGAUUACUUCUAAGAUGGUAGCUACUGUAACAGCAGAACUGUAAUACAUGACGCCUUCUUAUACAGGAAUAACAAAAAAUCGAAUGCUUUUCAUAAUCAGAAAAUUGGGAACAUUGAUGUAAAUGCAUUUAGUUAAGGAAAGACAGUUGUUUUUAUAGCAGCCUUGUAUGUCAUUAACAAAUAACUGAGACAUCCAUGUGGAUCUGAAAAGUGCUUUCUUUUAUGAUCAAUUUUUUAUAUUUUUGCAAUACACGUGACAGUGUGUAUAUGAGAGAAAGCAUUAAAAUGGUGAAUUGUGGGUUUCAA